ACCGCGGCUCCGCGCAGGCGGCGCCCGCGCCUCCGCUCCCAGGCCAGCCCGCGCGCCCGUCUGCCCGCCGGGCCUCCUCCCGCCUCGCGCUGCAGAGUCGGCCGUGCCGCUGCUCGCUCCAGGUGUUUGGGACACCUUCAAUAUUUGCCUGUCUUUUCUAGUCAGACAUGAUUUAUGAAAUGGACUGAAGCUGAAAAGUCAUCUACUUCUUUGUCUGUGAAUUUGAGACACAACUGGGAUGAUCUUAAGUGCUUACAACUGACUGUACCUGCAGCUAUGAGUUCAGACGAGAAGGGCAUAUCCCCUGCUCAUAAAACAUCCACUCCAACCCAUAGAAGUGCCUCUUCUUCAACAUCCUCCCAAAGGGACAGUCGGCAGAGUCUCCACGUCCUGGAGAGGACUGCUUCCUCCAGCACCGAACCCUCUGUAAGUCGGCAGCUGCUAGAACCGGAGCCUGUGCCCCUCUCCAAGGAAGCUGACAGCUGGGAAAUUAUAGAAGGGCUGAAAAUAGGCCAGACUAAUGUCCAGAGACCAGACAAACAUGAAGGCUUUAUGCUGAAGAAAAGAAAAUGGCCUUUAAAAGGCUGGCACAAGCGUUUUUUUGUCCUGGAUAAUGGAAUGUUAAAGUAUUCAAAGGCACCACUUGAUAUUCAAAAAGGGAAGGUCCAUGGGAGCAUCGAUGUUGGACUGUCGGUCAUGUCAAUUAAAAAGAAAGCACGGAGAAUAGACCUUGACACAGAAGAGCACAUCUAUCACUUGAAGGUGAAAUCCCAGGAUUGGUUUGAUGCAUGGGUCUCCAAACUACGCCAUCAUCGAUUGUAUCGGCAGAAUGAAAUUGUGAGAUCACCUAGAGAUGCUGGUUUUCACAUAUUUCCUUCAACCUCCACAGCUGAAUCCUCACCAGCUGCUAAUGUUUCUGUUGUGGAUGGAAAGGUGCAAGCGAACAGUUUCCCCUGGCAGUCGCCUUUGCCCUGCAGCAACAGCCUCCCUGCCACCUGCACAACCGGCCAAAGUAAAGUGGCAGCCUGGUUGCAGGACUCGGAAGAAAUGGACAGGUGUGCAGAAGACCUUGCACACUGCCAGUCAAACCUUGUGGAACUAAGCAAACUCCUACAAAAUUUGGAAAUACUUCAGAGAACUCAGUCAGCACCUAACUUUACUGACAUGCAGGCUAACUGUGUAGAUAUUUCAAAGAAAGACAAGCGGGUCACAAGACGUUGGAGAACAAAAAGUGUCAGCAAAGAUACAAAGUUACAACUGCAGGAAGGGCCAUCUGCGAAGGGCCAGUUCAGCACAACUCGGCGCCGGCAGAGGCUAGCGGCAGCAGUGGCUACAACAGUCCCUUUCAGUGCUACCAUGUCUCCAGUUCGCUUGCAUUCCUCCAACCCCAACCUUUGUGCAGAUAUUGAAUUUCAGACUCCCCCUAGCCACCUCACUGACCCUCUGGAAAGCUCAACGGAUUACACAAAGCUUCAGGAAGAAUUUUGUCUCAUUGCACAGAAAGUGCAUUCUCUUUUGAAGUCUGCAUUUAAUAGCAUAGCUAUAGAGAAGGAGAAGCUGAAGCAGAUGGUUUCUGAGCAGGAGCACAAUAAAGGCCAAAAGCAGAUGGCACGGCUCCGACAGUCACUGGCUCAGGCGCUCAACCAGAAUGCUGAACUAAGGAGUCGGUUGAACAGAAUACAUUCAGAAUCUAUCAUUUGUGAUCAGGUUGUCAGUGUAAAUAUUAUCCCUAGCCCUGAUGAGGCUGGUGAGCAAAUACAUGUCAAUCUCCCCGUGUCACAGCAAGUAGCCAAUGAGAGCCGCCUCUCCAUGUCAGAGUCCGUCUCUGAGUUCUUCGAUGCCCAGGAGGUGCUCCUCUCUGCAAGCUCGUCAGAGAAUGAGGCUUCAGAUGAUGAGUCUUACAUCAGUGAUGUGAGUGAUAAUAUAUCUGAAGACAACACCAGCGUUGCAGACAUUUCUCGGCAAAUCUUGAAUGGGGAGCUUACAGGAGGGGCUUUCCGAAAUGGACGUCGCACGUGUCUGCCAGCUCCGUGUCCCGACACCAGUAACAUUAACCUGUGGAAUAUCUUAAGAAACAACAUUGGUAAAGACCUCUCUAAAGUCUCCAUGCCUGUGGAGCUAAAUGAACCACUCAACACCCUACAGCAUCUGUGUGAGGAGAUGGAAUACAGUGAGCUUCUGGACAAGGCAUCAGAAACCGACAACCCGCAUGAGCGCAUGGUUCUUAUUGCUGCAUUUGCAGUUUCAGGAUAUUGCUCCACCUAUUUCAGAGCAGGAAGUAAGCCAUUCAACCCUGUCCUUGGGGAGACUUAUGAAUGCAUUAGAGAGGACAAGGGAUUCCGAUUUUUCUCAGAACAGGUUAGCCAUCAUCCACCCAUUUCUGCCUGUCACUGUGAAUCCAAGAAUUUUGUGUUUUGGCAAGAUAUCAGAUGGAAAAACAAGUUCUGGGGGAAGUCGAUGGAAAUCCUGCCUGUUGGAACCCUGAAUGUCAUGCUUCCAAAGUAUGGAGAUUUCUACGUGUGGAAUAAAGUCACCACAUGCAUACACAACAUUCUCAGUGGGAGGAGAUGGAUAGAGCAUUAUGGAGAAAUAACCAUUAGAAAUACUAAAAGCAGUGUUUGCAUUUGCAAACUCACAUUUAUCAAGGUGAAUUACUGGAACUCUAAUGUGAAUGAAGUCCAGGGAGUUGUGAUGGACCAGGAGGGGAAGGUGGUGCACCGGCUGUUUGGAAAGUGGCAUGAAGGGCUCUACUGUGGUGUGGCCCCUUCUGCAAAGUGCAUCUGGAGGCCAGGUUCCAUGCCAACCAACUAUGAGCUCUACUAUGGCUUCACAAGGUUUGCCAUUGAGCUCAACGAGUUAGAUCCUGUACUAAAAGAUCUCCUUCCACCGACGGAUGCCCGAUUCCGGCCAGAUCAGAGAUUUUUGGAAGAAGGAAAUUUAGAAGCUGCAGCAGCACAGAAGCAACGAGUAGAAGAACUCCAGAGAUCUCGAAGACGCUAUAUGGAAGAAAACAACCUUGAACAUAUACCAAAAUUUUUUAAAAAAGUCAUUGAUGCCAAUCAAAGAGAAGCCUGGGUUUCCAAUGACACCUACUGGGAGCUGCGAAAGGACCCUGGGUUUAGCAAAGUAGACAGCCCUGUUCUUUGGUAAACCAAGAAUGUAGAGCUAGCCAACAUAUCAUGCUCUGAAUGAAUAAAUAACUAUGCACAAUUAUGUUUCUUAGAGUUCCACGUGGUUUCUGGGUCGACCGAAAGCCAACCAUUUGCUUUUCUAUUCAUCUUUGUAAUGGACUUUCAAAAGUGCAUUAGACAAGGCCCCUAACCACUUUUGGAUCCUUUCUGUUUUGCUGCAACCAUAUUCCUUAAAAAAUAUCCACACCCUCCUCAAAAAGCAGAAUAAAAGGAGCAGAGAAUCCAAAGUCUGAAGUGUUUGUAAAGAAAAACUGCAACUGGUGCUUAAAGCUGAUCCAGAGAGUUUAAAGCAACAUGACAUGUAAACCAUGUAUUUGGUCCUUUUUCUGGAAGCACCAUCCCCUCAUCUUAGGAGCUCCUUGGCCAUGGCAGUCGGUCAGCUCAGACGUCGAAUGUGUCUGUUUGAUGUGGUGUACUUGUGCUGGCCUGUCAAAAAAAAAUGUGAUGCUUCUCUGAACCUGUUCCAUCUGUACGCCAUUGCUCAUGCCUUAAGAAAUGCAAAGAUGUAUAAUAAAUCAUUUUUUUAAUGUGUGCUCAUAGGUUUAUGUGAAGGACAGCUCUUUCGAAUCAUGGCAUGAUUCACUUUCUGGGAUCAGAACAAUUAUGAGACUGACUUAAAUGGAUUUUUAAAAAGUAAGCAACAUGUGCUUUGAUAUAUUGGUUACUGUAUCAUAUAUCUAAAGGGCAAGAAAGAAAAGAUGUGCUGAGUAGAUCUUUGUAUUCACAUUGCUCAUCAAGUUCCUGUCCUGUGUCCAGAUAAUAAACCAUCCCUCUUCCACCUGACCUCACAGUGUGCCCUGUUAUUUGGCAGUAUCUGCAUUUGAUUUGAACACUUGGCAUCAGUGUUAAAACCUUGGAAGGAAAUAACAGAAAGCACAUGGAAUUUCUGUGUAGGCUUAGGAGUUACUAUAAACAUAACUAUUUUUGAGUGCAGCACAAUGUAACCCACACCUCUAUCCUAUGGCUAACCCAUCGGCACCAGUGAAAUCCCUCUGGGAACAGAAGCAAGAAUGCUACUAGCUUAUUUGCAUUGUGUAAAUGAGUUCUAUGCAAAAUCGCAUUUUGUAUUUUCAUCACAUGAUUCUGUAUGAUACAUGACCACAUAUUAAGUAUUUACCUUGCUAUUAGCAGAGAUACAAAAGUUAAAAUAAGUAAUUUAUCCAUUCCAACGAAAAGGUUGGAGGGUGGACAGAAAUGUAUGUCUUUUGCAUACUUCAAGAUUUGUUUCUUUUCUCCACUAUACAGAGGCUUUUGUAGGAAACUUGCAUUGUAUCCCUGAGUUUCUGCACGUAGAUGACUAUAAAUGCCUCUAAGUUAAAAAAAAGACUCAGAGAUUUUCCUAGACAAUUAUAAAAUUACAUAUAUUUUAUUCUUGUUUUUAUUCUUAGCUUCUUACCAUCAGAUUUGAAGUGUUAUUUUAGACUGAUAACAAGGUUACUGAUCUUUUACAUUUGUUAUGAGGUGUUGACUUUAGUGUUAUUUUUCCCCAGCAAAGCAUUCCUAAUGGCUAAUCCACACUUACACCAAAACUGCUAAGAGCAUAAGGGAAAGCUCAGUUUCCACUAGGUGGAGCAGUAUUUUAGCUAUCCUGAACCUCAAACCUUUUAUUUUUAUCUGAGUCCAUAUAGUAUGUCUGUACAGUAUGCAUGGGCUUAGAAUGAAGUUUCAUUCUCAAGUAAACUCCCUAAUCCAUUGCCAGAUCUAAAUAUUCCACUUAAGCCUCACCUUCCCUAGGCUUCUCAAUGCCUUUCAUUCCCAUUUUAAAUCUACAGGCAGCUUCCCUGUGGUAGCUGAAAUUUCCCCUAGUUAACCAUUUAUCUGCUCAUUGAUCGUAAUGUCCUUUUAUCUGCAUCCUGAGAUACAUGCCUUUAAUUUAAAUUGGAACUUAGAAUUCUAUUGACUUCCUCAUAGAUGUCUGUUCUCCUACAAUUGGUAAAGCUUUCAGAACCAUUUUAAAUAGUUCUGUACUUAACUAACUUCCCUGAAUGGUCUCAAAAUUCUUAGCCUACAGAUAAGAAUUCUGCAAAGUAAAGGUACUGCAGGAAGAGAAGUAGGAAGGUGAGGCGUCAAGUGACUAUCAGGCAGCUUAUAGAGGAAGCAUCUUAGAAGCAACUUCUGUCUGUACCUAGCAUUUGGGUUGUGAUUGAGAAGAAGGAAACUGCUAGCUGAUAAGUUCAAGCUUCAAAUCAGGUAGGUAAAUGUUGAUCAGAGCUAACCUGAAACUGGUUAGGAUUUCAAGAGGAGAAUGAAAAGAGUGCCAAAUUAAUUAAAAUCACCACAUUUUAUAACAUCCCAGAUUUAGAAGCUCUUUUGAGACUUAGGCAUCAUGAUUAGACUCCAAGUGAUCAAUUAAGUUUUAGAUAAUUCUGCCAUAAACCUGAUUCACAAAUCUCCCAAUAGAGUAUUCCUAUAAAUACAAUGGCUUUAUCCCUCAUUCCCUUUUAUUUUUUAUUGACAUGGUGGCUAUAGAAUUGUGAGGCUUAUCCUGUUGGGAAUUUUCAUCUGCAUAAUUUUGGGCACUGGAAACUAUGUUAAACAGCAAAAGGAUAAAAUAAAUAUUAGAUCAUUCUUGAUAAGACCUGACUUCUUAGAAUUUUAUAUAAAUCUUUUUAUUUCAGGGCACUUGCUUGUUUUUCCCUAAAAUAAUCUAAGAUGGAGGAUAUCCUAGAUCCUCUAGUAUAUCUUAUACCAUCUCCAUGAUUUAUUCAUAAGCACACUCAUCUUUUUGAGCUGGUCAUUAAGGAAAGCAUUGAUAAGUGACCAUGGUCCUGUGGAUGUGGCUACACUGAACAGAUUAAUGGCACACACCAGCAUUUGAGUAGAGGCCGGCCAGAAAGCCUUACGCUUCCAUAUACUCCCACCUAGUGUGCAAAUUUACUCUCAGAUUUUGCCGUUAUAUUUUAAAUUAACUCAUUAUUUUCCCUGGGUUACAUUAAAAUACCCCAUAAUUUCCAGGCAAUUGUAAAAAUAAACCUCAUUUCAGAUACCUUUUAAUACUACAUGUCAACUAUAUGUAACACAAAGAUUAACAAAUGUAUUUUCUGGGUAAAAGAAACCAAGAGGUUUUCAAUAUAAGGGAUGCUAGAUUGUUGAUACUCCAAACCUUUUGCUCCUUAUUCUGGCCCACGCCUUGCAGCAGUCCUAGUAUCAGUCAUUAGAUCCUGCCCCAAAGAGCGCUGGGGGCCAGAGCUAAAGAGGAAACCAGGAAAACUGGCUUAGUUCUGGUUAUAACUGACUGGAGAAGAGUUCGUAAUCUAAUGUCCAUUUUUGUUACUACCUUGUGGACUUUAAUUAUCCUUCUUGUCUAAUCUUGUUCUCUGUCAUCCUAUGAGGUGUUCGUGGGAGCAGAGCUCCCACACCAGGGGCUGUUGUGAUAAAUGUUUGCACUUUGCUCAGUGUAUUAUAAAUGUGGCACACUAAAUAAAGUUCGUGUACAAAAUAUU